CAUAGUGAUGGGGCGCUUGUUGCUGCAUCGCUAUGGAAACCAAAGCAGCUCCGUCGCUGUGAGACGGCGGACGUCACUUCCGGCGUGACGUCAGUGUCGGGACCGGAAGUAGGUGGACGAAUGCCGGGGACACACGAUGAGAAGCGGCAAACGUGACCUGGGGACCUAAAGAAACCUUCAAAAAGACACAGACACAUGAAGACAGCUGGACGGUAAAAUCCUGAAAGAGAAUUAUCUUCAAAGAUGGAGUCAGAAAAAAUAUCUAAAAUAAUUCCUAAAGAAGAUAUGCAGAGAAUGAAAGAUUAUUUAAAGGACGAUGAUAUUACAGAAGCUGCUGCACAGUUAAAGGAAGCUCUGGAGAAAGCAGAUAACGUCCAACUGAAUAUUGCCAUAACUGGACAAUCAGGAUCUGGAAAGUCCACAUUUAUCAAUGCCAUGCGUGGUCUUGGUGAUGAAGAUGAAGGUGCUGCAGAAACCGGAGUGACAGAGACCACAAUAAAGCCAACUUCUUAUCCUCACCCACAGCAUAAGAAUGUCAUUUAUUGGGAUCUCCCGGGAAUUGGGACUCCUGAUUUCAAGGCAAAUAAAUAUCUAGAGAAAGUUGAAUUUGGGAAAUAUGACGCCUUUAUCAUAAUUGCCUGUGAGCGAUUUAUAGAAAAUCACGUUCUUCUAGCAGAAGCCAUUCAUUCCCAGAAAAAACUUUAUUAUUUUGCUCGUUCAAAAAUUGAUAGAGAUUUGAAUGAAUCAAAAGAGAGAAGAUCAAAAUCAUACAAUGAACAGGACAUAAUGAAAAAACUUCAGGAAGACUGCAGUAAUGGCCUGAGAGGAAAAGGAGUUCAAGAAAAGCGCAUAUUCCUUAUCUCUUCCUUUAAACCUCACCUGUAUGACUUUCCUAAGCUCAUGGAGGCUCUAGAAAAUGAUCUUCCAGAUAUCAAGAGAGACAUGUUUUUACGUUGCCUGCCCAGUAUCUCCUUCCAAGUUCUGGAAAAGAAAAGGAAAGCUCUUAAACAACGGAUAUGGCAGCUUUCACUGGUUUCAGCAGGAGUUGCCGUUUUUCCAGCUCCAGGUCUUUCAAUUGCUUGUGAUGUCACUAUCCUGAUAGGAGCUUUAAAUGCAUUUCUGAUAGAUUUUGGUCUUACUAAGAGUGGCCUAAAACAAAUGGCCAAGACCUUUAAUAAGGAUGUUAAUGAUUUGAAAUCUGUAAUUAAAUCCUCACUGUUCAAUAAAACAAUUGACAAGGAGUUAGUCAUCAAACUUCUAACAUCAAGUAUAGUGGCAGCAGGGAUGGUAGUUGAGUAUUUUCUCAGUUUGGUGCCAGUGGUUGGCAGUCUGGCUGCAGGAGCCAUAUCUUUUGGAACCACGUACUGGAUGCUGAAUAACUUUCUGGAAGAGAUUGGAGAUGAUGCAGUCAGAGUUCUUACCAAAGCUUUAGAGGAUUUUGUUUAAAAGUAUACAGUGCAUUAUAGAUACCACAUAUACAGUAGCCAUAUAUUUCUUCAUAAAGGACAUUUAUAAUCAUUGAGGACAGAUAUUAAAUCUUACAUAUUAUAAAGUAAUUAUGUUCACUGUGCUGUAGCUGACAUGCAUCUUACAUGUAUAUACCCAGAGGCGUAGCUGCGGUAGGUGUUGGGUGUGCAGCAACUAUGGGGCCUGCGCUGCCUCCCGGGUCUAGCCCUCCCCGGGCUCCGAGUCAUGCUGCUAGUCUCUUGCUUACCUCCUGAUCCCCACUGCUGCUGCACUGUGGCCACAUCUGCUCACGUGGCCAUCUACGUUUCUCCUUACUGAUACUGGGAGGAGGUAUGGCCAUGCUGUGACAUCAGUGGACCACAGCCACGCCACCUCUUUGCAUCAGUCAGUGAGGAGAUAAGGAGCCCGCUGGGACAGUAGAUGUGCCUUCAGGAGCAUAUUGCUCAUGACCUGUGACACACUGUAGAACAUGUCCAUGAUGCUGAAUUUAUUUUCUAACAUUAGCAUAGAAAUCACCAAAUAAUUAUAAAUAGACAGAGACAGUAAAAGUUAAAGCGAAAGGAGGAGUAAAGGGAGUAUGGUGGCAAAUAAAGAACGUGUGAUAGACAAUCGGUGACAAACAAGAAAACAUUUGCUCGUUAACCACCCUCCCUUAGACAUGACUUAUGGUGGACUCAGAUGGAUGAGUGGUGUAGCUAAGUACAUAAGGGGCCAUCAGCAACCACUAAACUAGUAGACGGCAUGCAUUUACCAUGACUAAACUAGACACCAAAUCAGCCAUUCAUACCACUAAACACGAAAAUAAUAUUAAUGAUAAACCUGGAAACCACCCACUAAGAAAGCAAAAAAUACUAUCCAACCAGCCUCAGGACAAAGGUUCGUCAGGAAGUUCUAAACUAGGAUAAGCGGACAAGAAUGAACACACUCCUCACUAGAACACCAAUCACCACUCACUGACAACAAAUGAUCACACCACACUGAAGCUAAUCUUCACAAUCCUUCCUAACCUCUAGGUGGUAAAAAAAAAAAAACAUGGCCAUGUCCCUUAAUGGGUCAAUGGGGUUUAAUCAGUGAUGACUUCAGAGGUGGGGCAGCAGCACAUUUCAAAAUUCAAACAGGGAAGCCACACCAACCUGCCCUCCCAAAUGUUCCCCAACUUCAACGUCGGGAUGGACUGGCAGUUGGUGUGGCUCCCCUAUAUGAAUUUUGGACUGCACGGCUGCCCUACCCAUGGUGACUCCACUGGGUUUAAUUACUUUUAGGUUCAAUUAAACCUUCAUGUGUCCAAAGGAGAAGCUGUCCAUGGGGAUCAGGAGGUGAGCAGCAGAGGAGUGGGGUCAUGUACAUUUUACUAUGGACCUCCUUUUUGUCUAGUUAUGUCUCUGUUUAUAUCUACAGCUGUACCAUCAAUACGUAAGUGCCUGUCAGUACCUGCACCUUCUGUCGGUAUGUGUUUUAAAUACUAAUUAUUACAGAUUGCUAUAUUAUACUUGUAUUAUCAGCAGCCAUACUUUUUCUUUACAUUGCUCUUCUAACCAAAAUGUGCUUUGCUCUUACUGUAAAAUUGAAAGAACUAGAUGAUGUGCUACACUUCUCGCAGUGGCUCAGUCACGCCAUAUGCUGAACAGAGGGAGAAAUACACAACACAGUGAUUAAGUCGGUCUGGUUAACACCAGUUGGAA